GAUACUAGAGACGCGCUUUUAUUUAAAUACUAUUUAUUCAUUGCUUGGGAUGGCGUCCGAGGUGUUGCGGCAAUUUCGAAGAGGGUAGUCAGUUUUGAAAAUUUUGACAACGGUCUUAAAAAUGGCAGAUAAUCAGCAAAGUAGAUUUGAAAAAUCUCUUGGUUUACUGACUACUCGAUUUGUUACUCUUUUGCAAAAAGCGAAAGACGGCGUUCUCGAUUUAAAAGUCGCCGCAGAUCUUCUAGAAGUUAGACAAAAAAGACGCAUUUACGAUAUUACAAAUGUCCUUGAGGGCAUUGGUCUUAUAGAGAAGAAAAGCAAAAAUAGUAUCCAAUGGAAAGGUGCAGGUCCUGGUUGUAAUACGCAAGAAGUUGGUGAAAAAUUGUCAGAUUUGAAAGAUGAAAUUAAAAAAUUAGAGGACCAUGAACAUUUAUUAGAUACGCAUACACAGUGGAUUCAACAAAGUAUAAAAAAUAUUGAGAACGAUAUAGUUAAUAAAAAGUAUGCAUAUAUCUCUUAUGAAGAUGUCAAAGAAAAUUUCCCUGAUGAUUUUGUAUUAGGAAUUCAAGCUCCACCAGAUACAGAAUUAAGUGUGCCAAAUAUGGCUCAAGUGAAUAUAGCAGAGGAUGAAGAAAGAGAAAUAAAUUAUGAAAUGCUUUUAAAAAGUAAUUCAGGUGAAAUUAAAGUAUAUAUGGUUCAACCAGAUUUAGCAAAAACUUAUGAUAAUAAAGUAUUAGAAAUGAGGUUACAAGAAGAAUCAAAGGGUAUGAAAAGAGUAAAAGAAGAAGAUGAAAAAAAAGAGGAGACCAAUGUUAAACCAAAGAGAAAAGUAGGAAGACCACCAAAAGGUAUCAGCAAGCAUGGCUCUACGUUAUCUGACGAAGAAGAUGAGGAUGAUCCGGAAUUAAUAGAAGCAAAGAUAGUUCUUCGCGAUGUAAAUACAUCUGAUAUUAUUCAAGGAGAACUUGAAAUACUUGAUCAAUUUUAUUCCGAUAUCUGUGGUCCACUUGUCAGAUUAAGUCCACCACCAGGAGAAAAAGAUUACCAAUUUAAUCUUAGUGAAAAUGAAGGGAUUUUUGAUUUAUUUGACAUUGCAGCAAAGUGAAAACUACAUUUAGUAGUUUUCAGAAAUCAAUGGACAACUUAGGCAAUUGAAUAUUCACAACAUCAGUGGGAUUAUUCUAAUAUUAUUAAUUAAUGCUAAUAUGCAGUGUAUAUAAUUUUAAAUAAUGGAUGUAAAUCACGAAUAUUAGAAUGUGCAGUAUUUUUUUAUCAUUAAAGGCUAAUGCAAGGUGAUCAAAAAAUCUGUAUAAAAAUCAAUUCAUACAUGGUAUAUUUAAAAAUAAUUCUGAAUAUUUGACAUACUACAUGAUAAAAUUAAUGAUCCAAGAUCUAUAUCCGUAUUUAUAUAGAACCCAAUUUACUAAUAUUAUUUUAUAUUGUUUAAUCAUUAAAUAUUAUAAAGCAGCAUUUUUGAGUUAAAGUAUAAUUAUGCAAAUCAGCAAUUUUUUAUUUAAUUAUUUUAUGUAGAUAAUAGUACAUAUAUAUAUAUUUUUUUUGCUUUGUUUCUGGUAGAAUUAUUUUGAUCCACAUAUUAC